AUGUUUAUACUGUCAGCGAGUCGGUGGACGACAUCCCUGUGCCUGUCCGGGUUGCAGAGGCUGAAGCCAGUGGAGCUGGUGGACGACGAGGACUGGCUGAGCAGCGACAGCGACGAGUGCGACGUGCCUCCGCCGGAGGAGCGGGCGCGCCGGCGCACGGCGCUGCAACGGCCGGUGGCUGCAGCAGCUGCCAGGCGCCCGCCUAUCCGGCUGCCCCCUAGGCGGGAGCUCGUCCGUCCGCAGACACCGCCGCCACCGCCACCGCCUCCGCCGCCUCCGCCAGCGGCCUCCGAGUCGGAGGCGGCUCAAGAGCUGGUGGUUAGGGCGGCUGCCGCGGUGCGGCGCUCCGGUUGCUCCUCGAAAGCUCAGCCGCAGCAGCCUCAACUGCAAGCCGUCCCUAGCAACCGCUAA